GGCUUAUUGACUAGGUAGUUUCUCACUAAUUGACUGCUGGUUUGGUACCGGAGCCUCUAACCGGUGGUUAAACUGUGGGCAGGCAUGUCGGUGAGAUUCCAGUGAGAGUGUCUGGGGGAGGAGAAAGCGGCUGGGUGCAUGCCUCUCGGAUUGGGCUCCCCGCACUGGGAGAUGUGUGAAGUUGGGUGUGCGUGCUGGCACAGAUAUUCAAGGGCAGCUCAGAGCGAGCUCGAGCGUGCUGCUUCCAGGGGGGAGAGAGCGGCUGCUGCUGAAAGAACAAGCUGGCAGGAUCAUGACAGAGCCAAGCAGCAGAAAGGAAGGAUUUAAAAAAUGCCGGAGUGCUACUUUCAGCAUCGAUGGCUAUAGCUUUACAAUUGUUGCAAAUGAGACGGGUGACAAAAAUGCACGACCACUUUCACGAUUUGCCCGGUCUAAAUCACAAAACUGCUUGUGGAACACCAUUAUUGGUGGGCUGACUGGCAACCUCAAGGAAAGACCAAAGCCCACCAUCAUCAGUGACCCGAGACCUCCUGAGGAAAUCUUAGCAGAUGAGCUACCACCAGUGGACAGUCCUGAAGCAUUGGUGAAAACAUCUUUCAGGAGAAAAUACAAGAAAACAUCACAAAGGAGCUUGUUGUGGGAAACAGUCAUCACAUUUGAGCGACUCCACAGUCUGAUAAUUCACAUACGGUUGCGGUCUUUGGUAAAGCAGUUAGAGAGAGGGGAAGCUUCAGUUGUAGACCUAAAGAAGAAUUUGGAAUAUGCUGCAACUGUUCUUGAGUCAGUAUACAUUGAUGAAACUAGGCGACUACUGGACACAGAAGAUGAGCUCAGUGACAUCCAGUCCGACUCUGUGCCCUCAGAGGUCCGGGACUGGUUGGCUUCUACCUUCACACGACAAAUGGGGAUGAUGCUCAAAAGGACUGAGGAAAAGCCCCGGUUCAGAAGUAUUGUCCAUGCAGUACAAGCAGGAAUAUUUGUGGAAAGAAUGUACAGACGAACAUCAAAUAUGGUUGGUUUGAGCUACCCACCAGCUGUAAUUGGAGUGCUAAAGAAUGUAGACAAGUGGUCCUUCGAUGUAUUUGCAUUAAAUGAUGCCAGUGGGGAUCAUGCACUGAAAUUCAUUUUCUAUGAACUUCUCACACGCUAUGAUCUGAUCAACCGUUUCAAGAUCCCCAUUUCUGCCCUGGUGUCCUUUGUGGAAGCUCUGGAGGUUGGGUACAGCAAACACAAAAAUCCUUAUCACAACCUAAUGCAUGCCGCGGAUGUGACACAGACUGUCCAUUACCUCCUUUUCAAGACAGGCGUAGUGCAUUGGCUGACAGAGCUGGAGAUCUUUGCUAUGAUCUUCGCAGCUGCCAUCCAUGACUAUGAACACACGGGAACUACCAACAACUUUCACAUCCAGACACGGUCAGACUCAGCCAUUCUAUAUAAUGACCGGUCUGUGCUUGAAAAUCACCAUGUUAGUGCAGCGUAUCGUCUUUUGCAAGAUGAUGAAGAGAUGAAUAUUUUGUCUAAUCUCUCAAAGGAUGACUGGAGGGAGUUCAGAGCUCUGGUGAUUGAGAUGGUGUUAGCCACUGAUAUGUCCUGUCACUUCCAGCAAAUCAAAGCCAUGAAGAAUGCUUUGCAGCAGCCAGAAGGAAUUGACAAGCCGAAAGCCUUAUCACUGUUGUUGCAUACAGCAGAUAUCAGUCAUCCAGCCAAGGCCUGGGACCUCCAUCACCGCUGGACCAUGUCUCUGCUAGAGGAGUUCUUCAGACAGGGUGACAAAGAAGCAGAACUAGGGCUUCCUUUCUCUCCAUUGUGUGACCGGAAGUCUACGAUGGUUGCUCAGUCUCAAAUAGGUUUCAUUGAUUUCAUCGUGGAGCCCACUUUUACUGUGCUAACUGACAUGACUGAGAAGAUUGUGACACCGCUCAUUGAUGAAGCUUCCCGCUCUGGCAUGUCCGGAUUCAGGCGUUCCAGUCUGAAUAGCAUUAGUCCCUCUGAUGUUAAAAGAUCAAGUGUCAAGAGCACUGGGUCAGAAGGAAGUGCCUCACUCAACUGCUCCAUUCUCACUGUGGACUUCAAAUGUUUUAAAGCCACCUGGACUGAGGUGGUGCAGCAGAACCGCGAGAAAUGGAAAGCGCAAGCCACCAAAGAAGAAAAAGCUAAGAAAGAAGCAGAGGAAAGUGUUCAUCAGGGAACAGAUGAAAAGAAAACAGAUGAAAAGGAUGAAAAGCCAGCUGAAGAUGCGACAGCAGCAAAGACAGAGAACAGCAAAGAAACAAAUCCUGGGGAAAACAAAAAUGCAGAUUCCAAUGAGAAUCAUGUAAAUGGGACUCAGCAAACUGGGAUGAACAAACAAGAAAUCUCUCAAGGAAAAAAUGCACCUAGGACAGAUAAGGGGGUGGACUCUCAUCAGACGGUGAGAGAAGAGAAGCAGCAUGUCCAGAAUGGUGAAUUAAAGGAAGACAGCAAAUCAGACAAAAAAGAUCAGUCUAAUGUGGGAAAUGAAACAAAGAAAACAGAUGAUACAGAAGAGUAAAAAUAUAUAUUAAAAAAAAGAGACUGCAAAUUUCUUUCAUCAUUUUAGCUGAGCUUCUUCAUUCCUGUUCUCCUCCUCCUUCCGCAAAGACCAGUUUAUGAGGAAGGCGUUAAACAACUUCCAAAACACUCCUCCUCCCACUGGCUACUUCACAGCUAAUGACUCCGGGUUCUAGGGUGGGGGCCUUGUUUUGGGGGGGUCAGAUUUAUUUUUGUUUGUUUGUUUGUGUAUGUGUGCAUUUUUUAUUGUUUGGGGGAGAUUUUUUCUUAAAAAAAAAAUCUGGUGAUUUCCUGAUGCAAAUGGUUCCAUUUUCUGGACAGGUGGAGCUCAUAGAUGAAUCAUCUUUGAAAAAUGGUAUUGCCCUUUGCUAUGUCUCAGCUUGUGAAACCAACAUUAAGAUGAUGCAAAAGAAUUUCAAAAAAAAAAAAAGAAAACUUCCCUUUUACUCUUCUUCUUUUUCCCCAAGAGUUUUUUUUUUUCCAAUUGCUGAUAGACAUAAUUUGACAUCACUUUUACCCUUGCCUUAAAAGAUUUUACGCAUAAGAAUGGUCAAUUUGUAGAGUCAAUUUACCAUUUGUUAAGAUUUUAUGUUAUUCAUGGAUGUUACAAUGAUAAGCAAAAUAUUUUUGCUUCUAAACAGCAGGCAGACUCACUCAACCCUUGAUUUUAUUGUGUUUUUGCAGUUAGUAAAAUGAAAGAAAUAAUCAAUGAAAGUGAUAUUCCCUUAGGGCAAAUUUUGUUGUCAGGCUCUGACAGUAUGUACUAAUGUACUGCUUGAUGUGCCUGCUUUGACUUGAGAUUACAGAUAAUGAGCCGUUUCCCACAUUUAUUCAUUGGCUGUCAGUGACCACCCUUUGUCUGGCCUAAAGAUCUAAGAGAAGAAGGGCAGCAGGGAAUCACACAGAUCAAUUCUUACUUUCAUCUCAGUGUGAUAUUUCUUUCAUCACUGACUGAAUGGACAGGACAAAGGAAGGAAAAGCAUGGCUGGAGAAGUACAGACAAACGAAAACAAAAUGAGAAAGUGUGUCCUAAAUACACUGCUGGAGUCAGUGAAUCAAACUGUCUCAUCCAGUGGAGUUAGACACAUGGACAGGAGCCAUCAUUUUAGCCCACUUUAGAGAAAAAAUGUUAAAAAACUCACUCAGGCCUUGAUUCAGGAGGGUAUGUUUUUAUGAGAAAUGUCUAAUAUAUGUAAGUGCUUUCUGGAUUGGAAUCUUAGUAAGGAUCCAGUUAAUUGUGAGUAAUUUUACAUGUCCAUGUGGAAAUCAAGACACACGUGCAUACACAUUCAGGUUUUUUUCUGCAUAACUUCACUCAGGAUAUGGUCUUGCUGUGUUAGUCAUGUAUGUAUUUUGCAAGGAAUCACACUGCUGUCAUGGCUCUUUGCUAUGUGGAGAACAUGCAAAACAUUGGCUUAGGAAGGCCACUCUUUGGUGUUUCCUUUUCAUAUUCAAAAGCACAGGAAUUCACCACCAGCCUAUAUUAGAGCUUGGGCCUCUGUUCCUCCUUAAAAUGUGCAUGUACGGGGAUGAGCUUCACAUAACACUAGCAAAAAUCACAGCAGUCAGCUCAGCGUAAAUCUGCAUUUAAACAUGAAUACCUUCUCACUCAGGAGUGUUUGUAUUUGGGGUUUUAAUUAUUGAGGCUAGAGACAUUUUGAGUUCUUUUUUUGGACACCAGAGUUUGAUCAAAGCCAGAGACUUAGAUUAGGUUCAUGCUGUGAAAAGGUUGCACUUAAAUCACAUGUUUUCAGAAGGCAGAUGUACAAAAAUAACUCUAACAGUUCUUAGAUAUCACCAUUGGCAUCACUCUACCAGCUCAUUUGAAUAAAGUAAAUAUAAAGGCACAUAGUGUUUCCAGUAUUGAGCUCCUGCUGCAGUGGUAGCUCUGUGUGCCUUCCAGGGUAGAUUUUGUGAAAAAAGAAGGGGUGCUAUUAGGUAGUACCAAGCACCCCAGUCAGCACUGAGUACACUCCGUGCCGUGUGACAGGGAGAGGGCUGUGCCACCACGCAGCACUGUCCCACCUCCUCUUUCCCCCCACCAUCAGCAUUCAUCCCCUGGUUAAGUGCAGUAGACUAUGACUUCCAGCCUGGACCAGGCUCUCUGAAGGGACAUCACUGAUGAAAUAUCAAUAAUGCAGAAUGAAAUACCGCAGCAAUGACUCAGUCCCAGCUUCGUCAGACUCCUCCCUGAAGUCAGGGAGAACAUAUUGUGACCAAGAGUUUGGUCAGAGGUGCAGGAUGAUUUAGUCAAUACUUUCUAAGUUACCUUUACCUAACAUACUGUGACUAAAGAUGCCUUAGUCGUGCAUAGUAGAAUAAUUUUAAAAAGAAAUCUAAAUCUUUUUCUUCAUCUGCUUCUGUUUUGUUUCUUUCUGAGACUAACUUCUUUCAGAUGGCAAAGCAAGACUGCUUAAUUCACAGAUGGUCAGUUCUUGUUCCUUAUGAACUGGCACAAAAGUAUGAGGUCAAGCUGGAAAAUAUUUUUCCUGGAUUGCCAGGGUUAUUUGCCACUGGCAGGAGCUAAUAAGGGAAGUGGCAGAUGUACUGCCUCUCAGGGACUGCAGAUCAGAACUGGAUGCCACUCUAGAAGAGAUGCUGUAGUCAGAGAGAAGUUACUGAUCUCAGCACACAGGUUUGCAGUAAAAUGUUUUGCAAUAUACAGUUAGUCAGUCACUGCUAGCUCUAACAUUUUCCUGCUCUUUUAAAUUCAUCUGAAUUUGGUACAGUGGAUUAUUAGCAUUUUUUAGAUUUUUUUUUUUUUAAUUGUCACUUAAAAAAAUCCCCAUUAAAUCUCUUCUAUUAGCUUGGAAACAUACAAAGUGAAAGUGAAAUCUAGGAACUGAUAUCCUACAAAGACACUAGGCCAGAUGAAAGGAGCUCAUGGAGUCCCAUCCCAGAUCACACCUACAUUAGCAUACCCAGAGCCCCCCUGCCUCCCUGGAACACUCUGCAGCAUUGUGCUAGUGCAUUGUGAGCCAAGGAAUGGUAUGCUUAGACACCUCCCAGUUAAACUAGAGAUCAGCCACUGUGCAAUUGUGUAAAAAAUAAUAAAAGUGAAAAGAAAAAAUACAGAACUGCUUUCUCUUAUUUUAUUCCAUGAAAGAAAAAAAGAAG